AUGUCCCUGUAUUGUGGAAUUGCUUGCAGGAGAAAAUCUUUUUGGUACUUUAGGCUGCUGUCAACUUAUGUCACUAAGACCCGGUAUCUAUUUGAACUGAAGGAAGAUGAUGAUGCAUGUAAAAAAGCCCAGCAGACAGGAGCAUUUUAUCUCUUUCAUAGCCUGGCUCCUUUGCUUCAGAAAUCGGGACACCAACACCAGGCCUCCAGGCAUAGCCUACUAGAGUUGGAAAGGCUCCUGGCAAGGUUUGGACAGGACACACAAAGAAUAGAAGACUCUGUGCUGACUGGAUGCUCUGAACAGCAUGAAGCGUGGUUUGCUCUGGAUCUAGGUCUAAAAAGCUCCUCUUCCAUAAAUGCUUCCUUACAGAAACCAGAAAUGGAGACAGAGCUCAAGGGCUCUUUCACUGAGCUGAGGAAGCUCUUUCAGCUGAAUACAAAGGAUGCCUCCUUGCUGACCACGGCUCAGGCUCUUCUCCGUUGGCAUGAUGCUCAUCAGUUCUGUAGCAGAAGCGGGCAGCCCACCAAGGAGAAUAUGGCUGGCAGCAAGCGUGUGUGCCCUUCCAAUAAGAUUAUCUAUUAUCCACAGAUGGCUCCUGGGGUGAUCACUCUGGUGUCAGAUGGGACUCGAUGCCUGCUUGCCCGCCAGAGUUUUAAGGGAAUGUAUUCUGCCUUGGCAGGUUUUUGUGAUAUAGGUGAAAGUCUGGAAGAGGCUGUCCGGAGAGAAGUUGCAGAAGAGGUGGGAUUGGAGGUGGAAAGACUGCAGUACUCUGCAUCCCAGCACUGGCCCUUUCCUAAUAGCUCACUCAUGAUUGCUUGUCAUGCAACUGUGCAAGCAGGGCAGACAGAGAUCCAGGUGAACUUGAAAGAACUAGAGGCAGCUGGCUGGUUCAGUCAUGAUGAGGUAGCCACAGCCCUGAGGAAAAACAAUCCAUAUACUCGGCAACAGUAUGGGACAUUCUGGUUGCCCCCUAAGUUAGCCAUUGCCCACCAACUGAUUAAGGAGUGGGUGGAAAAGCCGUCCUGCUCUACCCUGCCCGCUUAG